AUGCAAACUAGAAAAUCGGUUUUCUGCCGAGCGCUGCAGAUCCUCCUCGUGACAUGCACGCUCUACUUUUUCUACGCCACCGUCCUCGAGAAAGCCCGCGAGGCGUCAUGGUCGGAUGCGGUGUCUGAUUUCGUGCGCCGGUCGCUCAGCGAUGGCGUGUUUGGGCAUAUUGGGAACCGUACUCUGGGGUUCGAGCAUAUCUACGCGAUUGGGCUGGAGGAGCGAACGGACAAGCGGGAUUUCAUGGCCCUCACGACUGCAGUCUCGGGAAUCACGGUGCAAUGGAUGGAUGGAGUCCGGCCGGAUGAGCUGCACGAGAAGUCUCUACCGCAGGGCUAUAACCUGACGUUGAUGAAGCCUGCGGCUGUAGGCUGCUGGCGGGCGCACAUGAAUGCACUGAACGACAUGCUCUCCAAUGGCUACUCGACAGCGCUCAUCCUCGAAGACGACGCCGACUGGGACGUGACCCUCCGGGCGCAACUGCAAGAGUUCGCCGUCGGGCUCCACGCCCUGAAAGGCACGCGCAAGAUCUCCAAAGAAGCCCCCUACGGCGUCGACUGGGACGUUCUCUGGAUCGGCGGGUGCGCGUCGGGCCCCAACUCCAGCGAGACCGACUUCUACGCCAUCCCCAACGACCCGACCGUGCCACGGACAGAGCACCGCGGCACCUGGGGCGGGCCCCUGGAGCAGUGGAAGGAGCAGUACCCGGAGUAUCCGGAGGACUCGACGCGGUUCGUGUACCGGUCUGCGAUGGGGUGCUGCACGUACGGGUACGCGGUGUCGAAGCGGGGGGCGCAGAACGUGCUGAUGCAGCUGUCGGUGGAUCACAUUGAGGGGGCGAUCGAUAAUGCGAUGAGUGAUCUCUGCGGAUUUCAUCCCAACCGCACGCGGAUCGAGUGCUACGCGCCGUUUCCGAACCUCGUGGGCACGUAUCGCCGGGCGGGGUCGGCGGCGCGGGACUCGGAUAUUAAUGUGCUUGAUUGGGAUCAGGUGCAUGGGGAGGAGGCGUGGAAUCUGAUCUACAGUACGAGGAUGAAUAUUCAUCGGUUGGUGGCGGGGGAGCGCACGGUGUAUUCGCAGUGGGAUGAGGACGUGCCGUGGUCGGAUAGGGAGAUGAAUCUGGAUGAGUUUGUGUAUCCCCGGGGGCAUCUAGUGAGGGGGUAG